AAAAUGCUAACGUUAGCAGUUUUCGCAAUUAUUUUGAUUGAGUGAUUCAAUGUUUAACCUAACUUCUACACAAAUUAAUAGUGAAUGUGUAGUGAUAUAUAUUUAUGAAAAUGAAAUGAAUGAAAGUGAAUAAAUUGUGAAGGACUCACCUGAAACUUUAGCUCAAUCUCUAGAAAGAACACUUGUUCGAACGAUGGAUUCGUUUCAGCAAUUUGCUGUCAGGUGGCGAUGGCAUUGGGAAGAUUUGUGUGGCGCGGAUGGUUUUCAAAUUUGGUCACCCAAAACACACGAUUUAGGUUUAUGUUUCGAACAACUAUGUCUUCAGAUACCUGCAUUUGUCUUACUUGCAAUUGCGUCUGCCUUUUAUUUCGGCCAUCAAGUAGAAUAUGUAGCGAGAUCAAAAUUUCAAAAACACGCUCUAAACGUCCGAUGUUUACUGGUAACAAUUUUGGCUGUGUUACCACUAAUACAAAUUUAUGUUGAUAUUAACAGAGUUGAUGUCAAAAUUGAAAAGAUUUCGUACUUCCUAUCGGCUGUGGAAGGAAUAUCAUGGUUCGUUCAUUUGGGAUAUGUUUCGGUUUUAAGAAAACGAUUGGGUUUGAGUUCACGGGGACCAAUGGCGGUUUGCGUCAUUUGGACAUUAACCGCUGUUUUGACUUUUAUCUCAUUUCGAACUCAUUAUCUAAUCUAUUUAAAACAUCCUGUAGUUUCCUCCAGUAUUAGCCUUUCUUUUCGGUUCAGUAUUGCAAAAUUAGUUUUACAAAUUUGUUACGGAAUAACUUUAUUGGUUGGCCAAGGUAACACAGAGUUUCUUCAAAAUCAGUAUUCUGGGGCUUCUGAAAGUCAGCCUCUUUUGUAUAACGCGUACAAUGGCUUUUCGGAAGAAAGAGAUCCUUCGUAUUUAGGUGUAGCGAUGGAAGACUCGUCGUGGUUGCGGAAGUUAUUUUUUUGCUGGGUUGACCCUCUCAUGAAAAAAGGAGCGCAGGGACAUGUAAAUAAUUCGGAGGAUUUAUAUGAUGUACCGUACUCACUAAAUUGUACUACGCUGAGUGCUAUGUUCGAAAAAUCAUUAAUUGGGAAUACGGAUGAGAUUUUGAAAAAAACUAUCUAUGUCGAUCCUCCAGGAGGAGAACUGGGAGCUUCAUCAUCGUCUAUUAAUCCCGAAAUCUCCAAUACGAAGUACAGGGUGUCCGUAUUUAGAGCGUUACACAAAUGUUUUGCGUUUCAUUUUUACGGAAUCGGAAUUUUAAAGUUUGCAAGUGAUUGCGCUAGCUUUGCUGGUCCUAUGCUGUUAAAUUUGUUGGUGUCUUUUAUAGACAAUAAAAACGAAAACAUUAAGGAGGGCUAUCUGUAUGCGGGAGGACUUUUCAUAACUACUUUAAUUGGUGAGGAAUCUAAACGUUUCAAUGGGGGGUACGCCAACAGAGUCCUGUUAAUCCGAUGUGAUGAAGUGGCUUUUUGUAACGCCCAUUUCAAUUUUCUAAUGGCUAUGGUAGGACUUAAAAUUCGUGCUGCUGUCGUGACUGCCAUUUAUCGUAAAACUUUGUCGGUCAGUUCGUCGGUUCUCAGUUCGCAAUUUUCAACGGGUGAAAUAAUAAACUUCAUGUCAACCGACACUGACCGAAUAGUAAACGCAUGUCCCAGUUUUCACGCUCUUUGGAGUAUUCCUUUUCAGCUUGCAGUGACUUUAUAUCUAUUAUAUGUGCAAGUUGGACUGGCGUUUUUGGCCGGAUUAGCGUUUUCUGUUGUUUUAAUACCAAUAAACAAGAUCAUUGCUAAUAAAAUUGGAGAGUUGAGCGUCAAACUUAUGGAGAGGAAGGAUGAGCGAGUUAGAGUUAUGGCGGAGGUACUGAAAGGUAUUAGGACCAUAAAAUUGUACGUCUGGGAGCAGCAUUUUAUACGGAAUAUUACAAGUAUAAGGGAGGAAGAACUUAAAUAUUUGAAAGCCAGAAAGUACUUGGACGCAAUGUGCGUAUACUUUUGGGCAACGACACCAGUAUUAAUUUCCAUUUUAACUUUUGGAACGUACGUUUUAUUGGGAAAUGUUCUUACUGCUGCAACAGUUUUCACAAGCAUGGCUCUUUUAAAUAUGUUGAUUGGCCCUUUAAACAAUUUUCCGUGGGUAUUGAACGGACUCACCGAAGCGUGGGUGUCUGUUAAAAGAAUACAAAGACUGUUUGAUCUACCAGAUCUCCAUUGGGAAUCAUAUUACGAAAAGUCGUGCAACAAUCCGAAUAAUGAAAUUGAAAUAACCUCCGCUAGUUUUUCAUGGAUUAAAACGUUAUCUCCGGAAGAAAUUUCCGCACUGCAUUCAGUGAAUAGAAAAAGAAGGGUCAAAGGAAAAGGCAAAGGAAAGAAGGCAGUCGUUUUUAAUGAGCUAGAAAAAGUGGACGAAAUCGAGGAAUCGGACACCCUUGUUCAGUUCCACCUAACAAACAUCAGCUUUACUGUUAAGAAGGGGGAAUUCGUGGGGGUGAUUGGAACCGUUGGUUCUGGAAAAUCGACUCUACUUUUUGCGUUACUAGCCGAAUUAAAUAAAACAGAAGGUUCAGUAGCAAUUGCAGAUAUUGAAAAAGGCUUUUCUCUGGUAACUCAACAACCGUGGUUGCAAAGAGACACAAUCAGAGAAAAUAUUUUAUUCGGAAAAUUGUACGAUGACGUUAGGUACAGGCGAGUUAUAAACGCGUGUUCCCUUUCUGAAGAUCUACUUUUGUUUCCUGGUGGCGAUUCUACGGCGGUUGGAGAGGGUGGUUCUACUGUUUCAGGAGGUCAAAAAGCGCGCAUAGCUUUGGCAAGGGCCGUAUAUCAAGAAAAAGACGUGUACCUUUUAGAUGAUAUUCUUUCGGCAGUCGAUGUGAAGGUUGCAAAACAUAUUUUUCAACAUUGCCUUUUAGGGCUUUUGAAAAACAAGACUAGAAUAUUAUGUACUCACCAUGUGCAAUUUUUAAUGCAUUGUGACAAAAUUGUGGUACUGAAAAACGGGACAAUUGAUCAAAUUGGAGUUCCUCAAGAAGUUCUUUCUAACAUCGAUGCUUCUUUACCUAUUGAUUUAGAACUGGAAGAGAGUACACAAUCAACUGAUACGACUGAAGAAAGUGGGAUAAUAAUUCCAGAAUCCACUGAUAACGAUAGUAUAUUAAAUGAGGAGUUUAGCGAAUCUGGGACCGUUAAAUUUAGAGUGUAUUCCGAAUAUUGGAAAGCUGUAGGCCAUCUUCUCAGUGUGUCGAUUAUAAUUGCGAUGACAAUAAUGCAGACUUCUAGGAAUAUUACAGACUUGUGGUUGUCGUAUUGGGUUUCUAACUCAGAAACGAAAAAUACAACGAAUAUUUCUUCACCGUUUAAAGAUGACGAAAAUCAUUUGGCUUUGUGGUCAACUGGAGAUUUAUUUCGAACUGAUAACACUGUUCAGCAUUACAUGAUGAUAUAUGGUCUUUUUGCCGGACUGAAUACGAUUUUCACUUUCAUAAGGGCCUUUUUAUUUGCUUACGGUGGUAUUUGUGCUGCGUCUAAAAUUCAUAAGUUGCUGCUCAAGUCAGUAAUGAAGUCAAAAGUUCCGUUUUUCGAUGUGACAUCGGUGGGAAGGAUAUUAAACAGAUUUUCCAGUGACACCUACACUGUUGACGAUUCGUUGCCUUUCAUAAUGAAUAUUUUACUUGCGCAAUUUUUUGGCGUUAUAGGAUCUAUGAUUGUGACGAUAUAUGGUCUACCGUGGUUGUCUUUAAUUAUGGUGCCGAUAGUGCCCAUUUAUUUUUCCCUACAAAACCAUUACAGGUUGACAUCUCGGCAGCUCAAGAGGAUAUCAAGUGUUACGUUGUCACCCAUAUAUGGUCAUUUUAAUGAAACACUUCAAGGUCUACCGACCAUAAGGGCUCUACGUGCUAAUCAGCGAUUUAAAAGAGACAACGAGGAAAAGGUUGAGGCCAACAUGAAAGCAAAAUUUGCAAGUCAAGCAGCGUCUCAGUGGCUUGGUUUGAGGCUCCAAUUCAUUGGGGUUGCAAUGGUUACAGGGGUUGGUUUUAUUGCUGUUGUACAACAUCAGUUUGACUUUGCCGAUCCUGGUUUGGUGGGACUUGCAAUAUCUUACUCUCUAUCUAUUACCAAUUUACUAAAUGGCGUGGUAAACGCUUUCACCGAGACAGAAAGAGAAAUGAUAGCAGUCGAGAGAGUGAACGAGUACAUAGAGAAAAUUACACCGGAAACUAGCCAUUUCGUAUGCGAUCCUCCCUACGCUUGGCCUGCUCAAGGGGUUGUCGUUUUUAACAAUGUCGUCCUAAAAUAUAGAGAGCAUCUAAGUCCUUCCUUAAAGGGAGUUUCGUUUGAAACCAGGCCAGCCGAGAAGAUAGGGGUAGUGGGUAGAACAGGAGCUGGCAAAAGCUCUUUGAUAACUGCCCUCUUACGCUUAGUCGAACUUUAUGCUGGUUCUAUAAUAAUAGAUACGGUCAAUAUCGCACAUUUAUCUUUACAAGCUUUAAGAUCUAGAAUUUUUUGCAUUCCACAAGAGCCGUUCUUGUUUUCUGGAACAAUACGUGAAAAUUUAGAUCCGCUGGAUGAAUUUCGCGAUCAAGAGCUGUGGUCGGCUCUAUCAAAAGUGGACUUGGGACAUAUGGUGAGAAAUUUGGGCGGACUUGAUUAUAAAAUCGCUUCAGCUGGAAGUAAUUUAUCUGUUGGACAAAAACAGCUGUUUUGCUUAGCACGAGCCAUACUUCACAACGCUAAGAUCGUAUGUGUAGACGAGGCGACGGCCAACGUUGACCAGGAAACCGAUAGGCAGAUUCAACAAACCCUUCGGUCAGCGUUUAGAAUGAGCACCGUAAUAACAAUAGCUCAUAGAAUAGAGACGAUAAUGGACUGUGACAGGAUACUGGUCAUGAAAGACGGUCAGGCCGUUGAGUUUGAUACACCCCAAAGUCUAAUGGAUGAUUUUAAUUCACAUUUCCAUCAGAUGGUUAAUCAUGACUAAAACUUGUACAAUUGUGUUAUGCCUAUUAAUGAUUUUUAUGUAUAAUAGUUGUAAGAUUCAUAUUUUAUAUUACUUAUAUAGAUUUAACUGGGCAACUGAUAUUACGAGUAUAUUGUGUUCGUGAUUAUAUUGAUACGUAUGUAAUUAAGUUAAA